AAACUCGUCACAUUAAAUCCACGAGGAAUUCUCGUGGCUUUGAAUUUACACAAUCAUACUGAUUUUUACUUUUGUAAGUUUUUAUAGAAAUUAUUAAAUUAAAUUUCGCCAAAAUGUCGACAUCGAUAACUGGGGAUGGGAGGGCCGCUAUUGAAAAGAAGAUACAAACCGUUUCAGGUAUUCUUGAAGAAAAGGACGAAAUUAGGUGGCAGACAGUUUUUGAGAUUGAGAGAUGUGUUGAAUGGAUUCGUGACAAUUCGUUUAAAAAGGUAUGUCUUCAAUUUCCUGACGAGUACUUGUCAUUUUCGCCAAGAAUUUUAGACCUGCUGGAGAAAGAAACUGAAAGUCGGUGCUAUAUUUUGGCAGAUUCGACUUAUGGAAGCUGCUGUGUUGAUGAAAAGACUGCCCACCACGUCCCAGACGCUGAAGGCAUCAUUCAUUUUGGUCAAUCCUGUCUGACCCCGUGUUCUAAUCGAUUCAAAGUUUUGUACAUUUUCACUAAACCUCACGUCGACUUGGACAAGAUGACAAAAUUGUUUAGUGAGACGUUCGAGUCGGAUAAUCAAAUUGUGAUUGUUUACGACGUUAUUUAUCAGUGUGUGGCAGAUUUGCUGUAUAAAUCCCUCCAACCGUCGUUCCCAUAUUUAAAAAUCAGUUGUCUCAGCAUUCCUGGGGCCAAGAUUUCGGAUACGUCCCUCAUCGUAAAACAUGGACGAGUCUUCCCAAUCGACACUCUUCAAGAGAUGGACGACACGGUCAUCUUUUACAUCGGAAGCCGUGCCUUACCAAAUCUCCUUCUCGCCCUACCCAAUUCAACCUUCAAAGUUUAUGACCCUCUCCUCUCAUCCGACUCGAUAUCCACGCAGACUUCUUCAAUCAACAAACUCAUACGAAAGAGGAACUACUACGUGGAGAAAGUUAAGGAUGCCACGUCGGUAGGAAUAUUAGUGGGGACCUUGGUCGUGCAAAAUUACCUGGAUGUGAUUGAAAGGCUGAAAACAAUACUGAGGAAGGUUCACAAAAAGUUUUACGUCGUGUCGAUAGGGGAAAUAAAUCCUUGCAAGCUGGGAAAUUUUAUGGACAUUGACUGCUUCAUUUUUGUCGGAUGUCCGGAAGUGGUAAACUAUUAUAUUAGUGAUGAAUCAAAGGGGCAAUUUUUUCAACCAAUCGUAACCCCAUAUGAUGUCGAGUUAGCAUUUUGUGAAGAAAAUAGUGCUAGUGAUGGUCAGCCAUCGACAAGCCAUCAGCCAGAGUACAUGAUUGACUGGGCCUUCCUCAUCGAGAAGGGUCUUCCAGUAGUGAAAGAUGUGGAGGAUGACGUCUCCCUAAUCACGGGAGGACUAAGGACAACAAUAGUGCAAGAUUCGGGGGAUAAAACGUCAGCAAAUCAAGUCAUCAAUUGGGUUGGACUUGACGUGAAUGAGGAGUCGCCAUCAACUGAGUUUGGUCAAAUUCAUCAAGGAAGAAGUGGAAUUGCGUCGUUGUAUGCGGACGAGCCGAAAGUUUCAUAAUAUUUUUAGUUUUAGUUAAGUGGUGACAAAGUUAUUUCGUAUUUUGUUAAGCAAAUUUGUUAAAGUACGAAUAAAUUUUAAACUUUCUUAAAUAUUAA